AUGACCGCCCUAUCUCCACCAACCUCCCCGACAACGCCCUCGCGAAAGCGCAGGUCGCUGCGACUUUCCGGCGUCGAAAUACAAUCCCAAGACGCAGCAUCUCCAAGUCCCUAUACCAGCGGGACCACCAAUGGCACGGCGUACUCGAGGAGGUCAUCGCGGACGUCGCAGACUUCAUACCAGCCUCGGUCCCCGGUGACACCUCGCCCCAUGUCCUCCAAGUCAUCCAGACCUCCGUCAUUCUCCCAACAGCGCAGGCCGAGCCGGACAAGCAUAAACAGUAACAGAAGUAUAGAGCCGUACGGUGACGGCAACGGGCUUGGGAACUUGGCCGACGAGCUAGAGCAGGCUUGGGACGACGAAGAGGAGGGCGAAGGCCACUCCAACUUUCUCGAGGGUUUAAGAGAAGGCGAGGUGGACCAAGACUCGUCGAUGGUCCGCGACAUGCGAAGCCCGUACGAGGUGAACGACAUGCAUGAUUUUGGCUUAGGGAUGGUCGUACAGAGCCCGCAUGGUCAAUAUGAUGGGUCGGCUUCCACACUACGCGUCCCCCCGUCUCGACGGAAUUCACAACCUCGGGAGAACAAAAAGCCUGGACAUCAGAGACACGAGUCUGCUUACGACGGCUCAGAUUAUGGACCGGAUUCAGAGGCAGACGAGGAAGACGAUGCCAUCCCACCAAUACUACGCAAAAGAAUCCGCGACAUCGAGAACUUGACACGCAUGUGCGUCAACCCCGAAGACGCCGUCAGUGAGGGUGGUGGUACUGUCCGGCGAGUCAUCCAUGGGCUUAAGGAUCUUGGUCCGCAGGCCAACAUUGAGUACGGGGUCACUCAGUUGAUCACAGCAUAUACGUCGAUGGCGACUCACCGAACACACAAGACGCGAGAUCUGUUCUCGCAGUCGCACUCCCUGAUGUACGGAGGGACUCUAUGGCAAGUACCAGAGGAGAUGGUCGACUUACUCCUAGACGACAUCACGAGCUUAUCCGCAACGCUCCCUUUCCUUCGCCCACAGAACCCACUGCUCUCACUCCAAAUCCUGGCAUCGCAGACCGACGAACUCACCCACACCCUGCGCUCGCUGACCGAUCUGCUUCAAGAGUCGCGGCUCGCUGCCAGUGCUGCAACCAGGAAGCUCAAGUCGGUCCGUGACAUGGUGGAGGACAUGUCACUCGAGGAAGAGCUGGUGGAGAACAGCAUUCUGUUAAUACAAGCAGGGGAUUGGGAUCGAAGGUGUCGGGAGAGACAGGCGGCACGGACAUGUCAGGAGGUGUGUGAGGGAUUUGCGGAUCGAUGGGGUCUGCAGUGUGAUGUGGAUUUAAUAUCGCUUGCUGAGGGCAGGAAGCAACCUGCCCCUGUGUUGGUAUCUGGAUGA